GGACUUUCCUCACCGGCUCGGUUCCGGCUUUGAAUUUGGAACUAAGCGGAGCAGUUGUGGAUUAUUGUGCCGGAGCCGGACGGAGGGAGACGAUUUCGGGUCCGGUUUGUGGAGAUGCUGGGACCGAAAGAUUAAACCGUUGGACUCUAACAGCUGUUGAGUAUCGUGGUGGAAAGUGGUUUCAUGCAGACAAGCAGAUUUAUAAACACUCAGACUUAAAGGGAGUGAGACUUCUGUCAGAGUUUGGAUUACUUCUCCUCCUCCUCCUGCCUGGAUUUGGUCAUUACUCGUUCUCAAUGGUUCUGCUGAGAAGCUGCUUGUGUUUGAACGGACAUCUGAGGGGGUCCACCCCCGCCUCCUGAAUCCUUCUUACAUCCAGUUCUCCUUUUUCAAACCUCUACUGGUGGGACGCUGCAAACCUUCCUACUCGGAUGUUCAUCAUGACCUGCUGACGUCAACAUCUCGCCUCGCCGCUCUCCUUUCAUCCUGAGGUUUCCUGCAAGAUGGCCUCGACCGAUUGGCUGUGGAGGCGUCUGCUGUUGUUGUUGAGGCUGACGCUCCUUCUCACUUCCUGUUUUGUGUCGGAGUUGGUCUCAACAACAUCUUUCCCCAAAGACCUGGAGCCGCUCAAUGUGGUCAACUCAGACCAGUCGUACCAGUAUCCAGGAUUUCAGGGUUUGCUUCAGGACAACGACACUUUGCGUCUGGGACUAGACUUUCAGAGAAUGUUACGGAUCAAUCAUAUUCUCUACAUUGCAGCCAGGGAUCAUGUGUUUGCUGUGAACCUGACGACGGCUUCAGAAGAGUUUGUCCCGCAGCUGAAGCUGACAUGGAAGUCCACAGAUGUCAGCAAGUGCACGGUCAGAGGAAAGAACAGCGAUGAGUGCUACAACUACGUCAAAGUGCUGGUGCCUCGGAAUGAUGAGACUCUAUUCGCCUGUGGUACCAAUGCUUUCAACCCAACCUGUCGAAACUACAAGAUGACGUCUUUGGAUCAGGUUGGGGAGGAAGUGGUCGGUCAGGCUCGAUGUCCGUUUGAGUCCAGUCAGUCCAACGUUGGCUUAUUUGCUGGGGGAGAUUUUUAUUCGGCCACCAUGACAGACUUUCUAGCCAGCGACGCUGUGAUCUACAGAAGUCUGGGUGAAGGCCGACCCGUGCUCAGGACUGUCAAAUACGACUCCAAGUGGCUCCGAGAGCCUCACUUCCUGCAUGCCAUCGACUAUGGUAACUACGUCUACUUUUUCCUGAGUGAGAUCGCUGUGGAAUAUACAGCCCUGGGCAAGGUUGUAUAUUCUCGAGUUGCCCGAGUUUGUAAGAACGAUAAUGGAGGAUCUCCUCGAGUUCUGGACAGAUAUUGGACUUCUUUCCUAAAG